AUGAAAGCUAUCUACUGGCCGCUUGCCCUCGGGCCUGCUCUGCUGCGCAUGGCGGUAGCAGCGCCAUCUGGAUCCUCCAAGGAUGGAGCGUCCGAGCCACUGGGUCAUAUCGUUGUUCUUAAGCAGGAAUUGGAAAGCAAGCAUGUUGACCGUCAUCUUGAUUGGGUCAACGGAAUGCACAAGGGCCUGAACAGCAGGGAUGAUGCGGACCAGGGUCAUGGGAUUGAACAUACCUAUCGCGCACAUGACAUCGACUUUCACGGCUACUCUGGUAAAUUCUCUGAUGAGGUGCUUGAGAAAAUCAAGCGGCACGAGCAUGUUGAUUUUGUGGAAGAAGAUGGGGUCCAUUCCCUUGGGGAGCGACAGGCGGAAACCCCGGAUGACAAGCCAUCUGACGAUGGAAGCAAUGAACAGCCAUCUGACGAUGGAAACAAUAAACAGCCAGGCAAAGCCAGCACUCCAACUGAAAUUGUGGGAAACCAGAAUCAAAACGAGGCUGUUGGUCUCCUGACCAUCGGACAAGGGUACAAUACUUUCCUGGACAAGGGAAGAAUCGUCGACGCCGUUAUCUGGCCUAAGAACAAGAAGAGAGCUGAAACAGACGGAGCGGCUGCUCCCGCUGGAAAUGAGUCAACUCAGGUCGAGACGCUCUUCAAAUGGACUCCUCCUACCACUGAUAUGGACGACUUAAUUGACCUCGACCUGGAGGAAUACUUUGAGCAGCCCAAUCUCAAGGAGAUUAACGAUCGUGUCAUUGCCGAAUUAAAGGUGCUCAAGGAGGAAAGGAAGAAGCAAGAGCAGGACAAGGACAACGCGCUUGCCACUAAUGAAAUAGAAACUCGCGCUGAGAAGCAAAACUGUCCCGGUACUUUGAGAAAGGAGUACAAGCUCACAGAAGAUUUCAGUUCGUAUCUGAAGACUCUUGACAUCGGUGGCGGCGCAACUAUCUCGGGUUGGGGCCAGAGUGCAUCUGUGUCCGGCAACUACCUGAACCAGGCAAAGUUUGCUCAAAAUACCUUGACAUAUGUUGCGUUCCUUGAUGUCGAGAAGCAAAAGACUCAGCCUGGUGGAUUCCAGAUUAAUCAGGCAAGAUACAAGGCUGGACAAUUUGCCCGCGACUUUGGCGACCGGUGGAUUCACGGCUUCAAGACCGGCGGCAAGAUGAUUGCUCGCCUCACCUUUACCUCCAAGGACGGCACCAAGACAUCAGACCUAAAGGCACAUGCUGAUGCUUCAUUGGGCUUCUGGGGUGUCAAGGGAGAGUUGAGCCUAGAUGUCAAAAAGGGCAUGGAAGAAGUCAGCAAGCGCAGUAGUGUGGAGGUAUCUUUCUUCUACGAGGGCGCUUUGGGCAUUUUCAUGGAGAAAGAUGAAAAAGCGCCUGGGAACAUUCCCUCUGGAUCUGCAGAGGCGGUGCUUGGGCAGGUCAAGCAGUGGGCCGACAAGUUCCAGAGCCAUGCCUGCGAGCACACCUUCGCUUACGGUCCCCUUCUUGAUGAGUACGCUACAGUUCCGGGUUUCCGCGACCUAGACGCCAACAUCAAGGCUCCUAAUUAUGACACGGCGCUCCUAUAUGCUCAUGAGAUUCUGCGCUUAAUGGUCAAGAUUGAGGAGCAGAAGAAUUUCCUGCUAUCCGGCAAAACCUUGGCCGAGGACAAGAAGUUUCCGGUGACGACUGACGCGAUCGAGAUGAUCGAUGCAUGCAAGAAAUGGGUUGAAAAUGCCGAACUGAAUCCGGAGAACGUCAAAGCCCCGGCAAAUGAACUUAUCAAGCUUCUUAACGACGGAUUCAUCAAGAAGUAUAAAGCCGAUGUCAUUAAGGAGCAGCAGAAAAACACCCCUCAAGGCAUGGCGGAGUGUAGGGACAGAAAGGUCGCGGCGAUAAAGGAGUGCCUCGCGAAGGCUGGUUCGGGUAAGACUCUGGAGGACGUGUUAAAUUGCAAAGAUGAUGGUGCAGAUGCGUUCUACCGGUGCAAGAAGGGCCUUGAGUAG